CGCGAUCAAAAUAGUUCAGGAUUCAGCCACUCUACACUGUACGCCAACUUUACGGAGACUGUGUGUAACGCGUUUAAGGACUUUAUCAUUUCAUGACAAAGUUGCGGGAUCGGAUCAGAGUUUUAAUUUGGAAUUCUACCAGUGUUGAUGGUCUAUCAAGAGAGCGAUACAUCUAUAGGGACCUCUCCUGACGAUUCGAGGGGUGACUCUGUAGGAAGCUGGACUAGUAUGGCCAAUUUGAGCCCGCUUACGGCCACAGAUCCAACAGGCCUCGCGCUGCAGCCGCAUCACCAACACAAAGGUCUUGACGCCCGGGAUUCGCGAUACUCACCCGAUAAACUGCAUCGGCACGACAUGCCCUCGGCUUUUGGACUUAUAGAUGCCGAGGACCGCCGAGAUUUGGUGGGCGCCCACGGAGGAUUGGGCCAACUCGGCAGUACGGUAUGCACAACCAGCUCGUUCACGACAGCUCCCAGGCUGUCACACACACCAACCACAGAUUUCCAACCACCAUACUUCCCACCCCCGUACAAUCUACCACCACAGCAACCGGUUGACUUUCACCAUCCACACGUGAACGCGGACCCUUAUUCACAUUUGAACAGUUUUCACCAGGGACCCCAACAUCAAUAUCAUCAACUUCACACACCGGAUCGUAACGUGUUAAGACACAGGGAUGAUGCCCUUAACAUGCACCCGGGCCUCACCAGCUAUGACUCCCGGCGUACGGACUAUGGUGCGGUCAGGCGACCCGAUGUUCUCAUGCACACGGGGCAUCAUGGACUCGACCAGGACUCCUCGUUACUCAGUCUUCACGGAUCCACCGGUGUCUCCAUGGAAAACGGUUCACAGCCCGGGCUUGAUGACGGUGGCAGCUAUCUAGGUGAACACAGCACAGUCAUACGCAAAGGCUUUGUCUAUGUUUCAGCUGGCAUUCGGCCUAAAAAUGACAACAAAGAUUUAGUAAUCUCAGGUGUGUCGUCACCGACAGAUGUGUUUUGUUCAGUUCCCGGUCGCUUAUCUCUUCUAAGCUCCACUUCCAAAUACAAAGUCACGGUAGCAGAGGUACAGAGGCGGUUGUCACCACCAGAAUGCCUCAAUGCCUCACUCCUAGGGGGCGUCCUUCGAAGGGCCAAAUCCAAAAAUGGCGGCCGAUCACUGAGGGAGAAGUUAGAAAAAAUAGGGUUAAGUUUACCGGCGGGAAGGCGCAAGGCUGCUAACGUAACAUUACUGACAUCACUAGUCGAGGGUGAAGCCAUCAGGCUGGCCAGAGACUACAACUAUUUGUGCGAGACAGAGUUCCCCUCGAAGCAGUGUGCGGAAUACCUGGGACGGCAGCAUUCGGAUCCCACAGAACAGCAGCAGAGAAAGAAUAUGCUUAUCGCAUCAAAGCAAGUCCUGAAGGAAUUCCUAGACAUGAUGAGUCAAGACAGAUCACCACUGGGCAACACCAGGCCCCAGAUGAUUCUGGACCCCAGCAUACAGCGACACCUUACGCAUUUUAGUCUCAUUACACACGGAUUCGGGACGCCGGCAAUGACCGCCUCACUGAACUCUGUCUUGAACGUCUUGACUGAAAUGUUGAAAUACAUGGACAAAAACUACCCAUCAUCAAAUUCAAUGUCGACUGGUGCUAAUAUGGAUUCGAAAGUAAAACCGGAUAAGGUGGAAAAUGGCAAUUGACACUGAGAAAUCAUUCGAUUAUUUAUACAUUAAAUGGUGCCAGAUCUUUUUAGUCACUUUCACAUAUAAAACCGGGAUAUAAAACAAACAUACUACGAAUAAUGGUAAUGUUCGGUCAAUGAUGCUGCCAAAGAUAGAACGACUAAACAAACGGGAUUCGUCACGCUACGCCAUAUUUGCUGUGGAACUGCGAUUCUUGUGACGUCAUUAUUGUCUGCUGCAAGUGCGACCUCGUGACGAAAAUAGGUAACUGCAAAACAUGGCAGCGACCUUGUAUAUAAUUCAAAGUCUUCAUGAAGACACCGUGCAUUUUAUUGUGACGAUGACAGUGUUUAUAUGUUGGUGUUUGGUUGUGACAUUACGAUCUCGUGGAUUCUCAGCAAUAACGCGUGAUAUUACACGCUCUUCGAUCAACGAGGCCAACUCCCCCUGGCGGUAAUCGUAAAAAAAUCACAGCUUCUUAUUAUUUUCUACUGUUUCACAUAAUCACUAAGUGCGUUUUGUCACAAGCUGGGAUACUUCUUGGGGAGGUGUCGAAUAAGUAUUGUCAUCUUCUGAUUUUCUUGAAAAUGGAGGGAAAAGACUCUAAGUGCAUCAUAUAUCUCUAAGGACUGAUUUGCAGGGAUAAUGAACUAUUGUAGCUAUGCUGCUACUGUGAACUUCGCAUAAUAUUUUAUCAUUCCAAUUUGUUUUAAAGUGACUUUGUAUGGACAUUGAAUCUUUCGCUACGUAGAGAUGGUUAUAACGUACUGAGAAAUACGUAAAACUGGCGUAUUACGUAAUCGAAAAUGGCGUGUUACGUAAUCAAAAUGGCGUUUAAACAAUCAAAGCAAUACACAGAUUAAUAGUCAGGGUUUGUCCUAAACAGUUGUAUAUAUUCUUCUCUUUAAUUAAAAAGUAUAUGAAUUUCUAGAACCAUAGUAAACUUUGUACGUGUAAUAAUGUAUGUGCAUGCCGUUAGGAGAAAGUUUAGUCUUAAUCCCAGUGCCCAUGGAAAAAUAAAGUUUUGUAUUAAACGUGACGAAAUUCCAAA